AGACACAACCCAUACACACUCACACGCGCAACUCUCUCCCUCUCUACCCCUCUCUCUAUACAUUCUUACACAAGGCAACAAGACUCAUCAUUUUGCAUUAUCCUACUACAAUCAAAACCCAUCGUCCUACACAUAGCUAGUCAGCCACAACCCCAAAAAAAUUAAAAAAUGAGACUGAUCAUCCGUGACGAUUCCGACCAGGCCAGUGCCUACGUCGCCAACUAUGUCGUGGAGAGGAUCAAGCAUUUCGCCCCUACCCCUUCCCACCCCUUCGUUCUGGGCCUCCCUACAGGUUCUAGCCCUCUCGGCGUCUACAAGAUUCUAGUGGAGAAGUACAAGGCUGGCGAGAUAUCAUUUGAGAAUGUGGUCACUUUCAACAUGGACGAGUAUAUCGGGAUCCCGAGGGACCACCCCGAGAGCUACCACAGCUUCAUGUGGAAGAACUUUUUCCAGCACAUCAACAUCCACCCCAGCAACGUCAACAUCCUGAACGGCAACGCGCCCAACCUAGAGGCCGAGUGUGUCGAGUACGAGGCCAAGAUCAAGCGGGCGGGCGGCAUCGACCUGUUCCUCGCGGGCAUAGGCGAGGACGGCCACAUCGCCUUCAACGAGCCGGGCUCCAGCCUGGCCUCGCGCACCCGCGUCAAGACGCUGGCCUACGACACCAUCCUCGCCAACUCGCGCUUCUUCGGCAAUGAUCUCGACAAGGUGCCCAAGAUGGCCCUCACCGUCGGCGUGCAGACCGUGCUCGAGGCCCGCGAGGUCAUCGCCAUCAUCCUGGGCGCACGCAAGGCCCUCGCCCUGCAGAAAUGUAUCGAGCAGGGCGUCAACCACAUGUGGACCCUCUCCAGCCUGCAAUUGCACCCUCACCCUAUGAUUGUGUGUGACGAGGAUGCCACGCUGGAACUGCAAGUCAAGACGGUCAAGUACUUCAAAUCGAUAGAGACCGUCGCGCUCUCCCAGGGCUUCGAGCAGAUUCUUCCGUCCAGCAUCCGCACCGGGCCCGAAGCCAAGGCCGUCAAGCCCACUGUGGCCCGCCCCGUGCCCACGACCGUCGUUAUUGACGAGGGUUCGCCCACCUCCCCACAGUCGCCCACCAUCCUCUCGCCCCAGCCCACCACAUCCAGGCUCCUGCGUGCCUCGUCCCCUGCGAACGAGUAUCCCGUGAGGUCCGUCUCGCCGGAUAUGGAGCUCAUCAACGACAGGAUGGCCGACCGCAUGCCCGAGCCUGGUCUUGCCGCCAUGCGUCUGACGCCAAACCCGGAGACGCAGAUGGCCAGGCAGGUUGGUGUUCAUUAAGACAAUUCUUCGUCGGGAUAGUGGUUGGGGCUUUUUAUCAUUAUUAUUGCAGGCAUCGUGUCUUGCUCCCGCUGGCGUUUUUGCUUAACUUCUUACUGUAUGACUGGAAUUUUGCUUUCUAGGUCUAUCGUUUUCCAAGAUUCCCAGAUAUUCCAACACGGUCGUUUUGAAAGUGGCUUUAUUCCCAUGAAAGAAUGUACGAGAUCCAAAUGGAAGAGGAGCUUCUCCUACGCUGAGUCAGAUACAUGCUUCUAUAUAUAUAUAGAAUGCAAAAAGAAACAAAAAACAAAAACAAGAAAAUAGAGUUCCUUUCUCAGGUGGAAAGUACUGUUUCUCGGACUCACGGCCGCUAAUCCUCGAGUUCUCCGUGAUUUACAUAUGUAACUUUAAUGUAUAUACUUCCAAC